AUGGCCCCCUCUCUUCUGAACGUGGCGGUGGCCUUAACCGCGUUGCUUUCGUUCGCUUCGGAGACUGAGGCGUUUCGUCGCAACCUCCAGAAGGGGGCGCCCCUGGGGACCCCGUUGGAGUGGCCCGGACUGCGCUUCCAGUUCACCAUCAAGCAGAGCGCUAAGAACGUGUUCGGCCAGUCGGACAUCUCCAUGUACGCCAACCCCGUCGUGUCCAACAACAACGCCAAGGUGCUGUACGACGUGUACGCCACCUUCACGGAGAACAACACGCUGCACAACUACACGCUCGUGGACAGCGUCGCGUACAUUGAGGACACGCCGUUCUCCAGCGGCUCGGGGGUCGUCACCCCCGUGACCAAGUGCAUCGACUCAGAGUCAGGUGCUCUACCCGCGGUCAACGCCAUCGUGGCGGGGAUCAACGACGCGAAGAACGCUUCUACCCCAUCGGGAGCCAACGCCACGGCCGCCCCCACCGACUGCUACGGCGGCAGCUCGUACAAGACGCAGGUCAACAAGGUCGAGUACACUCUGUGCGCCAACGGACCCGCGGGCUUCACGAUGAAGAGCAGCGACAUGGACAUCUCCGUGCUCUACCUGGAGAGUCAGAUUGAGGUAGUACCCCCUACGUUGAACGCCGCCAAGUGCCCGCGAGUGGCCAUGCCCACGGCGGUGACCCCCAUCGGCCACUCGCUGCUCACGGGCGAGCCUAUCUCGUCUAAGAACGCUCGCAAA